AGGCAAAAAGUAAAUAAACAUUUAUUUAAUUGAAGAAAAUUUCCAAAACACUUGUCUAUAAUUGCCCUACUCAACGCCACAUGCAGGAAAUUUGGUGCUUCUUCAAGCUACUCGAAGUGCUGCUGGGCAUUGGCUGCCUUACAUUUCACGUGCUGGGCUUCGUUCAAACCGACCCGCUGCCACACAAUCUCUUCUAUUGCGGCACCUUCGCCAGCUUUACGGUGUACUCAUUGCUCGGCAUUCUCAAUAUUUGCUGCGGCCGCGGUCGCAAUGAGAUAAUGGAAGCCAUCCCCACAACAUUGGGCGCGCUGGCACACUUCGGGGCAUCACUGUUGUCCAUGUAUCAUGCAGAGAAUGAUUUUCAAUUGCUGUUUCUCUCUGACUUUGAGGAGCCACGGCACCCCUUCUUUUUCUAUUGCAAGGCGCAAAGUAUCGCCGCACUGGCAACUGGCGGCAUGUACAUGUUGCAUGCAACAUUCGCCUUUGAUGCGCUGUUCAUUCGCCCGGAGCCGCAGCGGCCCGAGGAGGGCAUGGAAGAUGUCGAAAUUGAGGAGGAAAUAGAAAUGGUGCCGCGUCAUCGGCGACCAAUAGAAAUGUUUGUGCUUGGCAGAUUAGUGCAUACGAAACUGAUGAGCUUCAAGUGGUUCCAGAUGAUAGCUGCGAAGCCGUGAGGUAAAGGAAAGUCAACGUAAUUCGGGUUGAUUUGGUUUCGAACCUAUAUCAGACUGCUGUUACGUAUGUGCAAUGGGAAUACAUUCAGUAGUCAAUAAAUUUAGCCUACAGAAUUGAAUCAUCUAUUCAAGCAGCUACUUCUAAAUUGAGAUUAUAUUUGAUCGAAACUUUUGAGAUGACUCGGUUUCAAUUGAGCUGAACUAUUGCGGAAACAUCCACGUUACUCUGGCAAUAACUUCAUAAUUUUUUGUAUAAUCGAUGGGAUCGCUGGUUUUGCUUUCUUCAUCCGUCUAAUUGACUUCGGACAGCCUGCCAGCCAAUUAAACCUUUUUGCUACCAGAAAAUUAUGUUUGUAUGUAUAUAGGUACCUGUAUCAACGACACAUCUCCGUUGGCC